AGAAAAUAAUUGCAGAAAACAAAGAGAGAGAGAGAGAGAGAGCGAAUGGCCAUGGUAGCGAUAGGCGAGAACGGUGGCGCGGCCACACCACCGCCUGAUCAUAGGCAGACCGCCGCCGACGGCGGUAAAACCGACCUCGUUUGUAACUCCCGCGACAGUCCUUCCUCGUCCGACCGCCCGGUUCGUGUUUACGCCGAUGGGAUCUACGAUCUCUUCCAUUUCGGCCACGCUCGAUCCCUCGAGCAAGCCAAAAAAUCGUUCCCCAAUACGUACUUGCUCGUCGGCUGCUGCAAUGAUGAGGUCACUCACAAGUUCAAGGGCAAGACCGUUAUGACUGAAUCGGAGCGUUAUGAGUCCCUUCGCCAUUGCAAGUGGGUUGACGAGGUUAUUCCUGAUGCCCCAUGGGUAAUUAAUCAAGAGUUCCUGGACACGCACCGGAUAGAUUUUGUUGCUCAUGAUUCGCUUCCUUAUGCUGAUACAAGUGGAGCUGGAAACGAUGUUUAUGAAUUUGUCAAAGCUGUGGGAAGAUUUAAAGAGACUAAGAGGACUGAUGGAAUUUCAACGUCUGACAUCAUCAUGCGGAUAGUAAAGGACUAUAACCAAUACGUAAUGCGUAAUUUGGAUCGUGGAUAUUCAAGAAAGGAGCUUAACCUUAGCUAUGUUAAGGAAAAGCGCCUAAGGGUAAAUAUGAGACUGAAGAAGCUGCAAGAGAAAGUCAAGGAGCAUCAAGAAAAGGUGGGGGAGAAGAUACAAACUGUUGCAAAAACAGCUAGCAUUCAUCACAAUAUGUGGGUCGAAAAUGCUGACCGCUGGGUUGCUGGAUUUCUUGAGAUGUUUGAAGAAGGUUGUCAUAAAAUGGGGACAGCCAUUAGGGAUACAAUUCAAGAGCGUUUAAGAGGACAACAGGGGAGAGACUUGCUGGGAAAUGGCAAUGACAGUGACGAUGAAGAGUAUUAUUACGAAAGUGGGGAUGAAUACUACGAUGACGAUGAAUACUACGACAGUGACGAGAAAUAACUUUCCUGUCUGUAUAUUAAGCCAUUAACAAUUGUACUAUGGCGGCUCGUGUCUCUACCCUCGGUUUGUGUACGAAAGGUAUUGUAGAAUAGCUAGUAAAUUAUUUUGUUUGUUUCGUGUUACUGUCCAUCACUUGCUAAGCUUUGGUUUGGUGCUUUCGAUUUCGUUGCUUCUUUUAUUCUUCUUUUUUUUUGGGGUUUUUCGUUUGGUUUUAAUUGUCGUCAAGUAGUUUUUACUGGCAGUUAGAGCAGCAAUAGAUGGACAUGUAUUGUUUAAUUACAGCAAAAAUCUAUAUAUUUCAUAUUUGUGAGAAAUAAAGACUUGCUUUAUGGGGGA